AUGUAUACCGAUACCAAGUCUUCGUACGAUUUUGUCAAGGAGCCGAUCAAUACGCCGCAAGAAGAUCCGGAGCUGCUGUCUCUGCAUCGGAAGUUGAGGAUUCAGAAGGAUAGGUUGGUGAGCUGGGGGUUGGAGUGGAGUGAUCCCGAGCAAGUCACGUCACCUGAUAUCGAUGAGUCGAUCAACAAAGCUGGGCUCUCGGAGCUGGUUGGCAGUGUGAUGGGGACUAUUAAAGAGGUGCUGGCUGAGGCGGAACCACUUUGGGCGGCGAGUCGGAGGAUUGGGGCGGGUGGUGGAGAUGUGGGGGAGAAGGGGGAGAAGAGUAAGAGUGCGUUGAUCGUGUGGGAUAAGAGUCGAUUUCAGGAUCUGAUAAGAGAUUUGACGAUGAGUAUUGAUACUCUUUAUGAUCUGUCUCGGACUCGGCAAUCGGCGAGGAAAGUGACGGAGACGAGGAAGGAAGAGGAGAGUUUGAUGGCGGUGCAGAAGAAGGUUAUUGAGGAGAGACAGUUUGAGAGUUCGAGGAUGCAGACUCCUCAACAGGUUGAUCCGAAGAGUAUCAUUUGGCCGAGAGAGAUGAAAACGAUGCCCUCUGAUAGUUCCGAUUCUUCGCCAGAUCCCUUAUCCAUGUAUAGGCAUCCCUUGGAUCCUAGGAUUACCCGAUAUACACGCCUCACCUCGGAAAGCAAGUCUUUGGACUUGUACAGCUUAGCCAUGCUUCUUCUCGAAAUCGGUCUUUGGUCCUCCCUUCACGACAUCUUCCCUAUGGCUGCGGCUAUUCCUGAGAACCCUGCAGCGGUUCUCAAGCAGCUUGCUGCUCGUUGUGGAAGUCUUUACGUCAAAGCCGUGCAAGCAUGCUGGGGUGCUCCCAACGAUGAGCUGUCUCAAAGAGCAAGACCGGAUGUCAUGCAUCAGAAGGUCUUCUUCAAAGUUUCCAAGGCUCUCGAUACCUGCUGCGCUAUCGAUGAAAGCUCGGACGAGUCGACUGAAGAAAGUGAUGAUUCUCCUCCUAUGCCUUCGACACCUGUGAAGAUGUCAAGAUCAUCAACACCACAGAGGAAACCGGUCAGUGAGAAAGCGACCUUGGCUUUGAAUCUAGUCACGAGCUCUUCUACACCGACCGGGUCAAGACCUGCUUGGUCUGAGAAGAGCUCGUAUGGGAAACCAGCCAAUACUUUUCCAGAGAAGAUGGGUUGGUCCGAAAAGCCAGUAGUCAAAGCUGUACCUGCACCAGUCCCAAUACCCGAAAAGGCCAAGUCAAAGCUUCGGACAUACCCCUCUAUGAAGAUCAGCCCCGAGCAUCUCGACUUCUGGCAAACGGGUCUCUUACCGCACAUUAACCACGUUCUCCGAGGUUUCUACAAGAAAUACCCGGAGUCGGUGGAAAUCAGUCUUGAAAAUAUUGGAGAGUCACCUUCCACAGCUAAACCCACCAUUCUUACAGUCUUUGGACUGAAAGUCUGUCGCGGCAAAGUUGUUCGCUCACGAAAGAACGGGGUCAAACGUUCCAUGGCUCAUGAGGGCGAUGUUCUAAAGGCAGCGAAUCCGGGACAUCAAGAAUGUCCAAGUAAUGGGGCAUCCAUUGGAGCAUAUGUCGACGAGAAACACCUUCCUCCUGUCUCACUUGGUGGUCUCAUCAUGGUUGAUGACAAGCCUUACGGAAUGACUGUUCAUCAUAUGCUUGAUGAUCCCUCAGACGGAGAGGACGAUGAGGUUCUCGACGCAGUUGCACCUAUCCUCCGCUCUUCAGCUUAUGCAGAUAUGCCUGAUCUCACCUUCUCCGAAUCAUCAGUAUACAGUAGCGGAGAUGAAGAAUUCAUGUACACCAUCUCAGAUUACGAAUCUGAUGACGACAACUCUAGCAUCCAUUCAUCACAGUACGAUUCUGAUGACGAAGAUCUUCAAUCUCUGUCUCGCUUUGGUGAAGAAGACCAAGAUGACGAAGAUCAAGAACCAGGAAACAUCCCAGGUGUCCCUGCAGGUUGUGGAGAAUCAUUCUUGGUCACUCAACCAGCCAUCGACGACAUUCCAUCAGAUUUCUACCCGGACUCCUCAACUCGAGACGAAGACCAUCUCGACUCCUUCCAACUCGGUGAAAUUUAUGCUUCAUCCGGUAUCCGUCGUCGAACUGAAAAUGGACUCGUGCACGAAGUAGACUGGGCUCUCUUCUCCUACUCCUCUCACCGCCUCCCAGAAUCAAACCACAUUUCCGGCGGUUCUCGUUUUCUCUCUUCCAACACCAAUUCAAAUGGCUACCCGCGCAACGUCAAAAGAACAGAAGAUCUCUCCAGUACGGCCGUCCACUGCCUAGCCCGCACAUCCGGUCUACAGACAGGCCGCAUCUCUCAAGCCAUGGUAUCAGUCAAGAUCUUCGGGCGCCAAAGUCCCUCCCUAUCCUACCAAGUCGCCUCCCCCAAACAAAAGCUCGGCAUCCCAGGUGAUUCCGGCGCAUGGGUUAUCAGCAAUGACGGAGAGGUCUGCGGUUGUGUCCUAGCUUGGAGUACAAAGAAGGGAGUUGCAUACAUCUGCCCCAUGGACGUCCUCCUCCGCGACAUCGGCGUCACAUUAAAAGCCAAGAAAGUGGGCCUACCCGGUGGAGAACUGGUUUACGAGGUCCCUGAAAUGAAAAUCGAAGAACCUGAACCAAGGAGAGGCAGACAACAAAUCGAUGUUCUAGAUGAAAGCGAGAUCACGAAAAUGCUGCAAGAACUCAAAUUGCCUCCUACGCCCUCGCAGAUAGAUGAAGAUCCUUUCGGGGACGCGAAUGCAGAAAGAGAUAGGGGGAGAGAGAACCAGAAAGAGGAUAUGAGUUUCUUGCCUAGCUUCAGAGGCCAGAAGGGGAAGGGGAGAGUAGGUGUUAGUGUAGCAGAAAGGAGUAGCAUGAUUCCUCAGCGGGUGAGAGAGGGGUUAAGUGUGAGUUCGAGUUGA